UCGAGCAACUAGUGAGCAGCUAGUUUUACCGUGUGAGCGAGCUGUCAGUCAGUAGCCGGCUAAGGAGAGGCCGGCAGUGAGAACACACACACACAGACACAGAGAGAGGCAGAGAGAGGGAGAACCGCAAGCAUGGCUACAAUAACAUGUACCCGUUUCAGCGAAGAAUUCCAGAUGUACGAGGAAUUGGGAAAAGGCGCCUUCUCCAUCGUCAAACGCUGUGUGAAGACUCUGACAGGGCAGGAGUAUGCGGCGAAGAUCAUCAACACAAAGAAACUGUCGGCCAGGGAUCAUCAGAAGCUGGAGAGAGAGGCUCGGAUAUGUCGCUCGCUCAAGCACCCCAACAUCGUGCGACUACAUGAUAGCAUAUCGGAGGAGGGACAUCACUACCUGAUCUUUGACCUAAUAACAGGCGGGGAGCUGUUUGAAGAUAUCGUGGCUCGGGAAUACUACAGCGAGGCUGAUGCCAGUCACUGCAUCCAACAGAUCUUGGAGGCUGUUCUGCAUUGUCAUCAGAUGGGAAUCGUACAUCGAGAUCUCAAGCCGGAGAACCUGCUUCUCGCCUCCAAGAACAAAGGAGCGGCGGUGAAAUUGGCCGACUUUGGCCUGGCCAUUGAAGUUGAAGGGGACCAACAGGCCUGGUUUGGCUUUGCCGGCACCCCUGGGUAUCUCUCCCCUGAGGUCUUGAGGAAGGAUCCCUAUGCUAAACCUGUGGACCUGUGGGCUUGCGGAGUCAUCUUGUAUAUUCUCCUGGUUGGCUACCCUCCAUUCUGGGAUGAAGACCAACAUAGACUCUACCAGCAGAUCAAAGCUGGAGCUUAUGAUUUCCCGUCUCCGGAGUGGGACACAGUGACACCUGAGGCCAAAGAUCUCAUCAACAAGAUGUUAACGAUAAACCCUGCCAAACGUAUCUCGGCCACCGAGGCCCUUAAACACCCCUGGAUCUCGCACCGGGCCACGGUGGCUUCAUGCAUGCACCGGCAAGAGACUGUCGACUGCCUGAAGAAAUUCAAUGCCCGCAGGAAGCUUAAGGGUGCAAUACUCACCACAAUGUUAGCUACACGGAACUUCUCAGGAGGGAAGAACUCAGGCGGCAGGAAGGCCGAUGGUGUGAAGGAGUCGUCAGAGAGCACGAACACUACAAUCGAAGACGAGGAUACGAAAGUCCGUAAGCAGGAGAUCAUCAAGGCCACUGAACAGCUGAUUGAAGCGAUCAGUAACGGAGAUUUUGAGGCCUACACGAAGAUGUGUGACCCUGGGGUGACUGCGUUCGAACCAGAGGCACUGGGGAACCUGGUGGAGGGCCUUGACUUCCAUCGGUUUUACUUUGAGAAUCUCUGGUGCAAGAACAACAAGCCGAUCCACACCACCAUCCUCAACCCUCACAUCCAUCUGAUUGGGGAGGAGGCGGCGUGCAUCGCCUACAUCCGUAUCACCCAGUACAUCGACAGUAACGGAGUGCCCCGCACCGCCCAGUCCGAAGAGACGAGGAUCUGGCAUCGUCGUGAUGGCAAGUGGCAGAUUGUCCACUUCCAUCGAUCGGGAGCCUCGUCUGCCCUGGCCUACUGAAGUCUCUCCAGCCCCAUCUCCUACUGCUAUCCAUGAUUGACUUGCACGCUAGCAAGAUCACCCCCCUGUCAACUCCCCACUGGGGCCUGCCUCCCCUGGAGGUGAGGUAGGCAGCUUGGUGGAACCACAGUUAGAUCGGACGAACGCUCCCCCCACCUCCCCCUCCCCUCUCACAACCCCAGCACAGAGAGAGCAUUGAGUCUCAUCACACGUCAUCCUUCUUUUGUACCCCCUGAAAGGCAAUAUCCGUCGUCAUGGCAUGUUUACAGUGAUAUCUAUAACUCCAAUCGGUUUACAGUGUAGGUGUAUUUUUAAAUCGUGAUAAUCAGUGAUGACUUUUCGACUUGGCCGAGAUGCAUGUUUUUAAUCUUUAACGCUAGAUGCAAAAAUUAAUCCGAGCAUUUGCAAUUAGAACAUGGACUUUGGGAGGGAGAUUUAACAUUUUGUGCAGCUCAGUCGCAGCGGAUGUUAUUGAGAGAAUCCAUCUCAGGUUAUGGGAUAGGAGAUGCUUCAUCUCAACAAGGCUGGGUAAGUUAGUCACACGGUGGUAAAUGUAUCUAACUCUGAGUGUUUCAGAAAAGAUUUCCCGGGAUAGGACCUUUGCGAUCCUACUCUGAAUCCUCACCUGUGACUGAAACAGUUCGAAGCACUUUCUUCAAGAUGAGUCUGGCGGUCCAUGAUAUCAGAAGGGAAACAGGUUCCAGGUUCUGGAGAUGGAGAGGCUGCUGGCUGGUGGAGAGUUAAUCCCGACGCCUCGUUUCAUCCGUGGAGACCGAUGAUUUUCAAACUCAGUUUGUACAUUUGCAAAUUGUGCAUCUUCCAAGUGAGCUUCCUCCAACCAUUGUGAUGUUGAUUUUCUGAGACUUGGGCACCUCUCCCCUCUGAGAACCAGGGCUGAAGAUGUCCUCUUUCCUUCUCCAGGGAGGGGUGUCCAUCCUUGAGGGAGGUCCUGGCCACCUCAUGGUCUGUGGGCCCUGCCUAUAAUGGGACUUAUUUUCACCUGUCACUUCAAUGUGAUGGAGAACCGGCAAGGAAUUGGACAAGUUUAAAACUUGUGUACUGCUGGAGUUGGCAUCCAAAGGUCACGAGGCUUUCUAAAGUGAGCAACAGAUCUGGCUAAUUGACCUUCAUCAGGUCAUACAGCGUGGAAACAGUGCCUUCGGACCAACGCCCACGUCGAACAACACGCCCCAUACACAUACACUAGACCCACCUGCCUGCGAUUGCCUCAUAUCCCUCUAAACCUAUUCUAUCCAUGUCCCUGUCUCAGUGCUCCUGUUUCUUCCCACGUUCCAAAGACGUGCGGGUUUGUAGUUUAAUUGGCCCUCUGUCCAAUUGCCCAGAGUGUGUAAGGAGUGGAUGCGAUAACAUAGAACGGGUGAUCGAUGGUCGUCAUGAACUCCGUGGGCCGAAGGACCUGUUUCCAUGCAAUAUUUUUCAAUCAAAACCCUCCCUUCCUCAAACUCCCAUGGUUGCUCACGAUCAUUGAACAAAAGGGUGGCCAUUCGGCCCAUCAUGUUUCUUGGUCCUGUUCCUCAGAACCCUGCCACUUUCUCCCCUUCCAUGUUAUGCCCCUGUCCCACUUAGGAAACCUGAACGGAAACCUCUGGAGACUUUGCGCCCCACCCAAGGUUUCCGGAGGUUCCCGGAGGUUCCCGGAGGUUUUUGUCAGUCUCCCUACCUGCUUCCACUACCUGCAACCUCCGGCAACCACCUGCAACCUCCGGGAACCGCACGGAAACCUUGGGUGGGGCGCAAAGUCUCCAGAGGUUUCCGUUCAGGCUUCCUAAGUGGGACAGGGGCAUCCCCCUGUCGCCUUCCAAAACCUCCUGUUGAAACUGCUCCCACCAUCCUUUCAAGCCCACCUGUCCCUAAUCAGAGCAGGUUGCUGCACACAGAUGUUGUGCUCCUCUCCCUCCUUCCUGGAAGUUUAUAUUUAAUCACCACGCUACACUCUUCCCAACAUUAUCUAUCACCUUCCUGUAGAGUGAUGAUCAGAACUGUACACAAUACUUUCAAGCAUGGCCUAAUCAAGGUUUUGUACAGUUACCAUUCCUGCAUUAGCCUUUGCUAUGUCACCAAUUAACCAUUUCGGCAUGUGGAAAGAAACUGGAGCAUCUAGAGGAACCCAUGCAAUCAUGGACCAUAGGCAGUCACUGUGGCGCUGCGGUAGGGUCAACAUGGGUUCGAUCCUGACCUCAGGUGCUGUCUGUAUAGAGUUUGAACGUUCUCACUGUGACCACCUGUGUUUUCUUCGGGUGCUAUGGUUUCUUCUUACAUUUCAAAGACGUACGGGUU